AUGGACCAUUUCAUUGUGUCCGCCCCCGGAAAAAUCAUCCUCCAUGGAGAAUAUGCUGCCUUAUACGGAAAACCCGCCAUCGCGGCCGCCAUCGAACUUCGGUCUUAUCUCCUUGUGAGUGCGGCUAGAGACGAUCCACGGUCGAUAACCCUUCAGUCUGACAAUGGCAUUGACUGUACUUGGAACAUUGAUGAUCUGCCGUGGCCUCAGACACCACGGGCUCAGAAUGACUCUCCUGAGAGCGAUCAUUCCUCUCCUGAUUCAGGGUUGCGAGCCGCCAUUCGUGCUUUUCUCCAAACAUCGGCAUACACUACCUCCUCCAGUUCCGCACACAAGUGCAUUGUGGAGGCCUUCUUGUAUCUGUAUAUAGCUCUAGGCUCGCCGCAACGUCCUGGAGCUGUAUAUAGCAUUUAUUCACGGCUCCCAAUUGGUGCCGGCCUCGGCAGCAGUGCAAGCAUUUCGGUGUGCAUGACUACAGCCAUUCUCAUUCAAUCAGGGACCCUUGAAAAGGAUUACUCCUUGACCCCCAAAGCCCACACUCCCGUGGAUCUGAUCACUCGAUGGUCAUUUAUUGUGGAGCACUUCUUCCACGGAACUCCAAGUGGGGUAGAUAACGCCACAUCCACCCGCGGGGGGGUUGUAUUCUUUCAGCGGGAUCCCAAUUCUGUGAAACCAGUCAUCACCCCCCUGGCCGGUGUUCUAAAACUUCCUGUCCUCCUUGUUGACACUUGCGAGAGUCGUUCAACCGCUUCUGUUGCCGCAGAUGUCGAAGAGCUGUUAGCUGUGUAUCCAAAGCUGGUGCACUUGAUCCUAAACUACAUCCAUCUGGUGACAGAGUUCGCAAAGAAAAUAAUUGAAGGAACAUCUCAAUGUGAGGAUCCGGAUAGCAUCGUUGAACAGCUCGGGAGGCUACUCCCUAUUAAUCAUAAUCUACUCGUGGCUCUGGGUGCAAGCCAUCCGCGGGUAGAGCGAGUGCGAUCAAUCAUCAGUUCUGGAUACCUUGGCUGGACAAAACUAACCGGUGCUGGCCGUGGAGGGUGCACACUUUCCCUACUACAUCCUAAGAUGGAGGAGCAAUUGUUCCAAGAGACAAAGGACCGGUUGGUGUCCGAAGGGUUCCAUGUCUACCGGAGCAUACUGGGAUGUAGCGGGGCAGCAGUUCUGCAGCCAACAGUGGCUUACGACAACAACGGUAGAACUGCGACGAAUGGUGCGUCUGCUGCUCAUGAGAUUUUAAAGAAUCCAAAGAUUGAGAACAUUGAUCUCCAUCUCGAGAGGCUAUUCCAGGGCAAGUGGAGACAUUGGAGGGUCAGUCAGUGA